GACUGAGAUUAGUAAAAUAACCGAACCACGACGCGACGCGUGCAUGCUCAAAACGCAAAAUGGACGGCACAGGAACAGGAGAUGGCAGACUUCAGAAGAUGGAAGUUGAUUAUAGCGAGGCUGUCGACAAGAGAAUCCCUGAAUGUCAGCAGCUUGCAAAGGAUGGCAAGCUGUCUGAAGCGAUAGAGAGUCUGUUGUCCCUGGAAAAGCAGACAAGGACGGCAGCAGACAUGCACUCCACAGCACGGAUCUUGGUAGCCAUCGUCAGCAUGUGUUACGAGGCGAAGGAGUGGGGUCUGUUGAAUGAGAACAUACUCCUUCUGACCAAAAGGCGUAGUCAGCUGAAGCAGGCCGUAGUGAAGAUGGUACAAGAGGCAUGCAGCUACGUUGAAAAAACGCCCGAUUUGGAGACGAAGCUGAAACUAAUAGACACGCUCAGGACAGUCACCGCUGGCAAGAUCUAUGUGGAAAUUGAGCGAGCUCGUCUGACCAUGACACUCGCCAAGAUCAAGGAAGAUCAGGGUGAUAUCACAGAGGCAGCUACCAUCUUACAGGAACUGCAAGUGGAAACAUUUGGCUCCAUGGAGCGCACAGAGAAGGUCGAUUUUAUCCUGGAGCAGAUGCGGUUAUGUCUAACCACCAAGGAUGUCAUCCGUACCCAGAUCAUCAGCAAGAAGAUCAACCCCAAGUUUUUUGACUCCAGUGAAGCAAGUGUGCAGGAGCAGAAGCUGAAGUUCUACCGUCUAAUGAUUGAAGUGGAUCAGCACGAGGGUGCAUACCUGGACAUCUGUAGACAUUACAGAGCUCUUUAUGACACUCCCAUCAUCAAGGAAGACUCCACCAAGUGGAAGGAGAUCCUGAAGCAUGUGAUUCUCUAUCUAGUGUUAGCGCCCUUUGACAAUGAACAAUCUGACCUGAUUCAUAGAGUAGCUGAGGACAAGAAUCUGGAGGAAGUAACCAAAUACAGGGAUCUCCUGAAGUGCUUCACCACCCAAGAGCUGAUGAGGUGGCAGCAGGUGUGCGCCAUCUAUGAGCAGGAGCUCAAGCAGGGCUCGGCCGACAGCUCGCCCACAAACGUCUUCAGUGAGACUGACCAGGGUAAACAGCGCUGGAAUGACCUCAGAAACAGGGUAGUGGAACACAAUAUCCGGGUUAUGGCCAAGUACUAUGUUCGCAUUACACUGACGAGGAUGGCACAACUAUUAGAACUUGAUGAAAGUGAGGCUGAGGAGUUCCUCUCCAAUCUAGUCAUCAAGAAAACCAUCUAUGCCAAGGUGGAUCGUCUGGCUGGCAUCGUCAACUUCUCUCCCGCCAAAGAUCCCAACGAGAUCUUGAACAGCUGGUCCAUGAAUCUAAACGAACUGAUGCAGCUGGUCAACAAGACCACGCAUCUCAUUAACAAGGAAGAGAUGCUUCACCAGUUCAACCGUUAGCCAAGUCAUGGCUGUCCCAGUCAUCUUCAACUUGUCACUGGUUGUGUGACAGGCACAUUGGAGGGUUCACGUCAUCAACAACAAAGAGAUACAGUAUAUGUACACCUACUCGUCAAAGCGUGGAGUCUUUGUCAUUUUGUCUUGGUCAUUUUGUUUUUCACCUGAUCAGCCUGAAGUGUCGACUUUGUCUUUAUGUUUCUGUUAGCAUGCAGUGAAGUAGUGUUGUAUUCGAGUCCAUUUUCAAGUCCCAACAAGUCCCUGUAUUAAAGUUCAUCACAAGUCAUUCAGCCUGCUCACAAGUUAUUCCAAUGAGUUUUGGCAAAAGCAUCCUUUUGUCAUUGUUCACCCUGUUACUUACGACUGGCCUUGUGAAAGGACGUGUGCUAGACGCAAACACGACACUGCACUGUAGUUGACAGGCCGAAGGUAACGAUUUUCGGUCUACUUUGUGGUCAACAGAUGUUGCGGUGUUGAUGGUGACUUUCAGACAGAAUUCCUCUCAGUGUAAACUAAAAUUAGUUUUUUUGAGUCCUGAGGUGAAAUGGUCUUUUUUCUCCAACCGGCCUGGCAUCCUUCCAGCAUAAAGGGGAGUCUCUCAUUUUGCUGUCAUUAAGUCACGGAUGUAUGUCCUCUCUGCUCAGUGUUCAAUAAAGCCUCAUUUAUUUAGACUAACUUGACAGAUUUGAUGACCUCCUUCGCAGUCUUUGCCUCAGAAUCUAACAAUUUCCAGAGGAGCAAAAACCAGCUGCCGGAAAGCGAAACGUUUUAAUGCAGUUUUCUUGCAGUGGAACUCCUAUAGAAAUUUCUCCAUGUUGCCUAUCACCUCUUGUUCCAAUUACAUUUUAUUAUCUUGAAUUGAUUCUCCGUUGAUGUUUUUUCCUGUUAGACACACAUGCGCGUUGAAGGUAUACUUUCUAUACAGAUUAAACAGCCACGUAUAUUGUGGGAAAAUGUA